AUGUCCUUCAAUGCUGUCGCUAUGGUCCGCUCCGUCAUGCACGAGCAGCAUACCUGUUUAGGAGUAGUGCUGACUCAAGCGAACCGUCUCGGGCCUGAGAAAAGUCUGGCUACAAAAUCCGGUGCCCUACUUAUGCACAGCGACUCUCUGCAUACCUUGUUGAGCCUGAACAUGUGUCCACCUGGAGUAACAGAGAACAGCCGUCUUCCUAUCGACUCUGCUCUGCUGGCAUGGUGUAUCGUGGAAGACCGAGCCCCUUUUGUGCCCGAUUGCGAUCAAGCGACGCCCUCGUGCUCCCAAUGCCUCCGCGUGGGCGUAGCGUGUGCCGGGUAUAGGGAUCUCACGACCAUCGUGAUUCGCGACGAGAGCACUGAGGUGGCACGCAAGGCUCAACUCAAACAAGCCAAAGAGCCGCCUCUGCUUCUGCACCGCGAUCCCGGGCCCAGUAGCAGCGCAUGCCAGGCCGAAUCAAUGCCAGGAGUGGCUGUGGCUGGGCCAUUGUUGCUGUACAAGUCCUCAAUAGUCCAACAGCCGUCAACCCCGAUCCGCGAGCACGCAACCUGCUUUGCACACCAGAGUUAUCUGGAUCCGUGGCUCUGGCCACCGACACUAGACCUAGGCAACGCAGACCAUGCUGCAGCGUCCGCUUCGGUGACCGCCCUGGGCCUGGCGCUCCUCGCCAACACCAAAUCGAGUCCAACACUGAUGAUGGCGGCUCGCGAGGAGUACACGGAAGCUUUGCGGUCGACGAACAGAGCACUCGAAGACCCUUUUUUGUCGAGAUCAGACCUCACACUGAUGGCUGUCAUGUUCCUGGGGAUGUUCGAGGUGGUGACAUGUACGGGACUCAAUUCCAUCCUCCAGUGGAGAAAGCACAUCGACGGAGCGGUCAAACUGCUCGAAUGGCGGGGAGAAGGACAGCUGCGAAGCCGUCGCGGCUUGCACUUGUUCCGACAGAUGCGCGCCCAAAUUCUGAUACACAACAUUUUCGGAGAGAGCGACACAUCUCCUAUCCUAACCAGGUUGUCGAGUUUGGCGGCGUGCGGUCUCGAGGAUGAUGCCAGCCUCUCCCGGUUCGGCGAUCGUCUGGCAAACAUCAACGUUCAGCUGACCAAACUGUGCGCGGACAUGAAACAGGGAAUCAUGACGGAUCCUGGGGUGAUCAUUGGCGCCGCCUUGGCCCUUGAUACCCAGUUGGCUUCUUGGACCAGCGGCAUGCCCUCGUCGUUUAUGUAUUCUAAGAUCCCCAGCGGUACAAACACGUGGGCGGCGACAUCGACGACAUAUGGUCCAUACACAUCCCACUCGUAUGUCUACCCGGAUCUCCUCGCCAGCAACCUGUGGAGCAACUGGCGCGCGGCGCGAUUUGUCAUCCAUGAAAUCAUCAUGCAGCAGAAGGACGGAGAACAGGCUGGUUACACCAACGCUCCUGAAUGGCUGGUUAAGGUCACACGACACAGCGAGACCGUGCUCCGUGAGUUGACAGCCGACAUCUGCGCCAGCGUGCCGUACCACUUCUUGGCCGUUGCCGCCAAUGACUGGACGGCGGGCGAAGGAACCCGUCCUCGUGAGAACAAGGUUCUCGCGGCCGGCUACAGCCUGCUGUGGCCCCUGUUCCUGGUCGCCAGCUGCCGCUUUUGCACGCCCGACCUCCGGCGCUGGGUCGUCGCGUCGCUCGAGAAGAUCGGGCGCGAGAUGGGCAUCAGCCAGGCGCUCGCCAUGGCGCAGCUGGUGCGUCGGGGGAUGGGGCCGCGCACGUGGAACAACCAGCCGCAGGAGGAGGGGGAUGGAGCGGAUCCGGCGGACAUUCACCCAGGCUCGGUCGAUUAG